CUGGAUUCAUAGAGACAGAGGCAAGUGAUAAUGGGGGCUCAGAAGAAGAAGCCUCAGGGGAAAAAACGAGAGGCUGAAGGACAGCCCCCCAAAUCUCCAGAUGAGGGCAGCACUCCCGCCAAGAAACAACGGAAGGGCGCUGAGCCACUACCCACCCAGGAAGGGAAGAAGGCGCCCCAGGAGCUACAGAUCCCCCGAUUGGACCCCAAGUCUGUGGGUUAUUUCCGCAGGGUGGGGGAAACCCUACAGCAGCCGUUUGAGUCAGAUGAAGAGAAAGGUAUCUUUAUCCGCAAUGUGUUCCACGAGGUGCAGGGGAACGAGUUGCCGCUGGCGACGGACAUGUCGGGGAGCCUGGUGCUACAGAAGCUCCUCGCGGUCGCCACUUCCGUGCAGCUGUGCCGAGUCGUCGCCGCGCUGAGCAAGCAGUGGCAGGCAGUGUGCUGCCAUCGGAGUGGGGCUCAUGUUGUACAGACGGCCCUCCUGCAGUUCCCUCGGCUUCAGAAGCAGCAGGGGGCGGAGGAAGAGGAGGAGACGGAGGAAGAAGGUGAAGCUGAGCCGGUCGGAACCCUGGAAGAUCUGGUUUUGGGUCUGUGCGCGGAGCUGAAAGGGAAGUUCCUGCUGUAUAACAAGGACACGCACGGGAGUUUCAUUGUACGGACGCUUUUCCAGGUGUUGGGCGGCACCGUCCUCAGCCAGGAUACCGGCAGGAAAGCAGCUAAAGGCCCAACAGUUGCGUCGGAGUUUGAGGUCCCGGAAAGUUUCCUGCAUCAGUUGCAAGAGCUGUGCGGCUGUUUCGGGGAUCACGUCGGCGUGUUUGCCACACAUAAAGUGGCCAGCUUGGGCAUGCAGGUUGCCCUGCGGGUGCUGCAGAGGAAGAUGCCCCCUGUGUGUGCCCAGCUGUGUGAUCAGAUGAUUGAGUAUUUAGCCUCCCGCAAUGUGUCCGCAGAGAGCAGCUCCCUCUUGGUGUUCCUGAAGGAUGAGACCAGCAGCCGCUUGUUGGAGAGGAUCCUGGAGGUGUCGGAAAAAAAGCAGCUGCGCCGGGUGUUCAAGGCCCACUUCCAGGGCCAGCUGCGGGCACUCGCCGCACAUCCCAUUGCCAACUACACCGUACAAAGGCUCCUCAGUGCCGUCCAGACUAAGAAACUGUUUGCGGUGCUUUUUGAUGAGCUGUCCCCAGGGCUGGAGGAUGCUUUAGCCAAAGGCCACAUGGGAAUUAUCACAACCCUGGCCGACACUUGCAAGAGGCUGAAAUGCCGCCAGCGAGAGCUCCUCUCCCAACUAAUGGAGGCUUUCCACUGUGCAGCGCCGCUCUCCCGCCAGGUGGCCAGCAUCCCUCUCUUCCUCUCUCUGCUCACCUAUGAGGUUUAUUAUAACAAAGAGGAAGAGGAGGAGCCAUCAGAGCACCAGGGCGAUGCCGAUAGGAAGCUGGAAAACGUGAAUUAUCACGGCUCCCUACUUGUGCAGCACCUCCUCCAUUUUGAAGACCCUUCUGUGGCCCUGAAAAGCCUCGGCUCCCUGACAGAUGCUGACCUUCUCACUGUGGCUUGUAGCCAGGCUGGAUGCCAUGUUCUUGACUCCCUGCUGGGCAGCGCCACCAUAUCCGACAAGCAGAGAAAGAAAAUCCUGAGGAGGCUGAGGGGUCACUGUAUGCAGUUGGCGUGCAAUAAAUAUGGCAGCCGCGUGUUAGAUCGCAUGUGGACGGCGUCGACCUUGGGGGUCAAAGAGGAGAUAGCGCAGCAGCUGGUCGAGAAGCUCCACCAACUGCAGAACGAUCCAGUCGGUCACCACAUCGCCCGCAACUUCGCCCUGACGCACUUUGUCAAGCGGAGGAAAGACUGGGAGGAGCACCAGCUGGGGGAGAACAAGCGCCGCAAGAUGUUCUCUGAGAUCCUGGAGGACUGAAGAGACAUUUGAAUGAACUGACUGCCGGCUCUAAGCCAUUGCCAACAUGGUGCUGAGUUGGCAGUUCAAGCCAGGACUUGAAUCAGCCAUAAAUCUGCCGGAAGUCUGGAUGUAGCGUUACAACAGAACCCCUUCCCUUGUUGAUUAACAUGUAAUGAGCUGGACUCUAUCAUGAUAUGGAGCUUAUAGUUAUAGGGUAAGGCCGAUGCCACACGUGGCGUAUUUUCUCAGCCUAAAAACGCCGCACAAGCCACACAGCCCCUGACUAUGGCGUUUUGCAGCCUAGUACUGGUGACGUAAGCAAAUCCCGUUUCCAUGGUGCUAAUAGUGCGAAAUAGUAAAAACACCACGUAUUUCCGCUAGGUCUGGCAGCUGCCUUUGUGUAUACAUAGGAAUAGCUUGCUGUGCAAAUACUGGCGUAUUUCGGCAAACGCUUGAAAAAUCUGUGCUAAGGCGUUUUCUAGCGUAUUUCCGCAUUGUGUGGUUUGCUUCGUGUCUUUUCAAGUUAUUUCUAUGGAUGAUGAUAUCGGGCGUUUUUCAGCCGCUGAGAGAAUUAGAAAAUACGCAGCGGAAAAACGCCACGUGUGGCAUCAGCCUAACAAUGGGGACCCGGAUGACUGUGAGGGGGUCCCUGUAUUCCCAGGCUAGUCCUGCCGCUAUGGGCUCAUAUGCCUUAAUCCUUUCAUUAGUCUUUAUGAUCUUACAGGUUUGCUGCAGACUUCAAUAUUAUUGUAUAUGUUAAAACACCUUUGUUUAUAUUAAAACAAUAUUUCAUAUAUUAA